GAACUUCAGUUAACUGACCAGAUAUUCUCUUCUCAGUAUAGCUGACCACCAAACCAUGAAGAUCAACUGUUUGUUUCUUCUAACUAUCCUCCUCGCUCCUCUUUCUAAAGGAGAAGUGACUUCUUUCAGUAACUGCAGGCAGUUCUUCGUCAACGGAGUUGCCCCUACAAUACUUGUGGACUUACAAAACAACAACAGGUACCAGCAAAUAUGUCAGUGUCUACUGGACCAGAACGACAGACCUGUUUACUACUAUGCUACGCUGUACGAUACCGCAAACAAGAUUCCGGUGUAUUCUGCUUAUGAGUUUCAGCACCAAGACGUCGAUCGGACGGACAGGUGGUAUGUCGAACCCCAGCUUGACGGAGGUGUGCGCACAUGCAUGGGCGGCCUGAGCCACAUUCCGUCCAUAGACAGGGGUCGGAACCAGGCCGUGGGGAAGGACUACGACGGCUCAGGCUUCGACAAGGGCCACCUGUACCCGGUCCACCACACCUCCACCCAGGCCUCCAUGCUGGCCACCUCCACCCUGACCAACGCCGCCCCCCAGGACCCGGGCUUCAACCGUGGCCAGUGGAGGAGGCAUGAGGAGGGCCUGGCCCUGCUCCUGGGGGGCAGGUGCUCCCAGGCCCACGUCGUCACCGGGGUCGUGCCAGGGAACACGCAGAUCGGGAAUGGUGUCAGAGUGGCACGGUUCUACUGGAGUGCCUACUGUUGCUUGGAGACCGGUGUUUCGCUCACGUCGGAGGGUUACUUCGGUCCCGACAACAACGGCCGGGUGGAGACGCUCACUCUGAGGGACCUGGAGACCAGGCUGACUGGGUAUUAUGGGAUGCCGUUCUCUGUGUUUGGUGGGAAGUGUCGAUGAUUUCACAAGAUCAGUAGCGAGGUCUAAGCUGACACUCAAAAAAGUUGCUGACUAAUAAAAAC